CAUACACACUUAGAUCAAGAGAGAGAUAUUUUUCACUAAACAAAUUAAAUAUAUUUAUUCAUUCAAAUUGAUAAAAUUCUUCGAUUCAUUCCAAUUAAAUGGAUUUUUACUCUUCUGCUGAUUUAUUUGAUAUUUCAUGGGAAGAAAUGUUUUUCUUCAACAACAUUGACUCUGAUUCUUCAUCCUCUAGUGGUGAAAUGGAUUUACAAGAACCUAGAUACAAUAUUACAUACAAUGGGAACGUCAAAGAAGAAAAUCCACCACCACCACCACCACCACCAUUGGUGUCACUUGCUCCAAAAACCCUAAAUCCACAACCAACAUCAUUUAAACGAGAAAAGAGACUCUAUAGAGGAGUGAGGACACGACCAUGGGGAAAAUAUGCGGCAGAGAUAAGGGACACAACAAGAAAUGGUGUUCGAGUAUGGAUCGGAACAUUUGACACGCCUGAAGCAGCUGCUUUAGCUUAUGAUCAAGCAGCUUUUUUAACACGAGGAUGUAGGGCAAUCCUUAAUUUCUCCGAACAUGUUGUGAAGGAGUCUCUUCAAAACAUGAAUUUGAAGACAUUGUUAAAUCGCGAUAGCUCGCCCUUAUUGGAACUUAAAAGGAUGCAUGUCUUGAGAACAAGAUCUAAGACUUGCACUAAAAAGGCUAAAAGGGAUUCCAAGAAUGGAGUGUUGAAAAAUGCUCAAAAUGUGUUGGUGUUGGAAGAUAUGGGUUCUGAAUAUCUAGAGCAACUUUUGAUGAGUUCUAUUUGAACCAAACAAUACUUUAUUUGUUAAUUUAAUUUGAGCUCAUUCAUUUAGCUUGAUUUUAUUCUUUAAGUUGUUUCCUAAAACAAUUCAUUCAUUUUAUUCGACCAAAGUUGUAUAAACAU